AUGCCGAGCUACUCCAUCCCUCGGGAGACCGAGGUCGUUUUCCAGAAGGAAAUCCUGGACAACCCUCUCCUUUCCCAUCUUCCUGCUGAGUUGAAGGGACUCGGCAAGAAUGUCCAUUUCGAGGGCAAUGGCAAGCGCAAGCCCAGUGUCCCGAUCAACUGGCGGUUCGCCGAGAGUGUGGCCUCCUUGAAGGCUUUGGAGGCAACCUUUAUGAAUUACCUCCUCACUCGGAAGUACAAAGUCUCGCCGGUAGAUGUGACCAUUACCACGUAA